UUUAAGAAAAAAUGAACCCAUUGACGAAUAUCCGGAAGCAGAAUAAGAUUAAUGAACGGGAAUUGUUACUUGGUUUUACCGGAAGUAGCAGCAAAAGCUGGCACCAGAAAUACAGCAAUUCAGCUUGGAUCUAUGUUGGUGGCUUACCGUUUGAUCUCAACGAAGGCGAUGUUAUUGCUGUUUUUUCACAAUAUGGUGAAAUCGUGAACAUCAAUUUAAUUCGGGAUCGUAAAACCGGAAAAUCACGAGGCUUCGCGUUCGUCUGUUAUGAAGAUCAACGAUCAACUAUUUUAGCUGUUGAUAAUUUCAAUGGGAUUAAGCUAUUGAAACGUAUUAUACGUGUAGAUCAUGUGGAGGAAUAUAAAGUUCCAAAAUAUCAUGAGGAUAUCGAUGAAGAAACGCGAAAAAUUUGGGAAGAUGGUUGCGCUCCGAAACCAAUUGCCAUACAUCAAGUAGAUGAAAUGGACGAUAUAGAUCCAGUUGAAACGCUUAAGAGGAAGGGAGCAGUUGAUAAGGAUGGUGUUAUAAAAGUGGAUGAAGCUUUGGAAAAGAAACUAAGAAAAGAGCAGAGACGAUUAAAGAAGGAAAUAAAGAAAGCCAAAAAAGAGGAGAAACGACGCAAGCGUAAAUUUGAGGAAGAACAGUUGGAGCUGGCGAAAAAGAUUGACGAUGAUGUGUCUUGGAAGAAACAGAAAAAAUUAAUUGAUUUAGGACCCGUCAAGGAAGAGGAAAUCUAUGGUGGUAAUGAACACUUUAAUUUUGGAAAACCACGGAAGGAAAUCCCGCCUCCUCCGUCACAUAAUCCUAGACCCGACUUCGAAAAAGCUGACUGGCGUGAUAUAGAAAUGUGGAAAGCAGUGCGCGAAAAAGAGAAGCAAGAAAAAGGAGAAAAAGAAACGAAUUGGAAGGAAGAAGAACAUUAUUUACCAUCCAGGUUUCGAAAGGAGUGAUUACCUCCGGAUAUAUUCUUUCACUGAUCUCAUUUCUGUGGUAUUUUAUCUUUAGACGAUUUUUGUAUCUCUACGUGUCUUUAAGUUAAAGUGACUUAUAUUUGUGUGCAGAUAAGCAAAAUAUCUCUUGUUCCGGCAUUUUUUAUUUAAGAUAAUUAGUUCACCAAUGAAAUUGGUUCACUGACUUCUUUUUUUAAACGUCUG